ACUAACUUCACGAGUUUCUUCAAGAUGUCAGCUUUCUCAAGAGGAUGCCUCUGUGCCUUUACUCCCCGAAUAAUCCACCUCUUCUCCACCAAGAGCUUCCAACGCACCCAAUUCUUCUCUACAUCUCCUCUUCUCCGCGCAGCAAAGAAGGCCCGACCUCCCUCGGCCAUCAAAAAAGCUCUUCCAACCUCCAAACCAAGCUUCAUAGCCCCAAAAGCCGUACCCCAAAUCACACAGGCAGCGUCAACCUACCAAUCGUACGCCGCAACCCUAGCUCAAAAGCUCCAUCCUACACUCCUCUAUACAGCGCCCUCACAUACUAUGUUCAUGGCAGCCUGCUACACAGGCUCAACCUUCUGCUUCAGCUACGCCAUCGUAUUUUUAUGGUCAAACAUCAAUACUGCCGAGGGUCUCGCGCCUUGGGUUUCCACCGCCCUGGCCGGCGUCGCCAUCUUCAUGGCUGGGUUCGGCACCUGGCUUAUCCUCGGUCCUGCGAGGCUGAUAAAAACCAUCACCGCGAUACCGAAAAAUGCAAACGCGAUAUCUACAGCUGUAGGCAAAGCCGCAACCCCCGAGCUGCAGAUCGAGGUAGAGUUAAGGAAGAUGUUUCCCCUCCCUUUCUUCCCAGCAAGGAAGAUAUACGUCAAGCCCGAAGAGAUAAUCCUGCCUCUUCCGCUCGUACCGCCACCCCCGAAAGCCCUUACUGUAACCGAAAUCCGCGAACUUCGCAUUGCAGAAGAGGAGGAGAGCAGGAAGUUGUUAGAGUAUGAGCGGAGCCAUAUCAUGACGGCGCCGUUCCGGCAUAUGUCGAGGGGCUUCUUUCAACUGUUUAAGGCGAUUGGGAGGACGUGGCAUAGGGAGGGGUUUAUGAAGGUUGAGGUUAAGGGGAUGAAAUAUAAGUUGGAUGUUACAGGGGGUUGGGCGUUGGACAGAGGACGGGCUUUGGAUCGGUUGGCGAGAGUGAGGCCUGGGUUGUGACAGCUUUAGGUAUGAGUAUGAGGGAGAACUCACGUAUUAUAUGUACAUCUAAGAGACGUCACUCCUGUCUUCAGGUAUGGAUUCAAAGGCCGAGUCUGCUGUAGAUUAAAGGUUACUCAAUGAUGACUUGGGGGAGCGAGUUGAACAAAUAUUUGAACUGGUUACCUGGAUUCCUCGUUCUUUUCAUUCCAUAUUCCUCUUCACCACUUCAAAAUAAUC